ACCUGGUGGGGUUCGUUUAGGUAAAGUGCACAGAACUGUGCCCCCCACCCCCAUCCCUGGCGUUCCUCUCUCUCACACCAGUUCCCACCCAGCCUCCAGCACCGGUUUAUGGCUCCACCAGCUUCUGCUCCAGGAAAUUGAAAAUGGCCCUUCAGCUAUGCUAAGUCUAUAAUGGGAAGUGUCACAGUUCGAUAUUUCUGUUAUGGAUGCCUUUUUACAUCUGCAACCUGGACGGUUUUGCUUUUUGUUUAUUUCAACUUCAGUGAAGUGACUCAGCCACUUAGGAAUGUGCCCAUCAAGGGGUCUGGGCCCCAUGGACCAUUCCCCAAAAAAUUCUAUCCCCGUUUCACUCGAGGCCCAAGUCGAGUAUUAGAAUCACAGUUCAAAGUAAACAAAAUUGAUGAUGUGAUAGAUAAUAAUCAUAUUGAAGAUUCAGAAAAAGGCAAUGUGAAAUUGUCUUCUGAAUUGGGUAUGAUUUUCAAUGAACAUGAUCAAGAGUUGCGAGACUUGGGCUAUCAGAAACAUGCCUUCAAUAUGCUUAUUAGUAACCGCUUGGGCUACCACAGAGAUGUGCCCGAUACAAGGAAUGCAGCAUGUAAAGACAAGUCUUACCCGACAGAUCUGCCAGUUGCUAGUGUUGUUAUCUGUUUCUACAACGAAGCCUUGUCUGCCUUGCUCCGGACCGUACACAGUGUCCUAGACCGCACGCCAGCCCGGCUUCUUCAUGAAAUCAUCCUUGUGGACGAUGAUAGUGACUUCGAUGAUUUGAAAGGAGAACUAGAUGAAUAUGUCCAAAAAUACCUCCCUGGAAAAAUUAAAGUAAUAAGAAAUACAAAGCGUGAGGGAUUGAUUCGAGGAAGAAUGAUCGGAGCAGCUCAUGCAACAGGAGAAGCCCUGGUGUUCCUGGACAGCCACUGUGAAGUGAACGUGAUGUGGCUGCAGCCCUUGCUGGCUGUCAUCCAGGAGGACCGGCAGACGGUAGUGUGCCCGGUGAUCGACAUCAUCAGUGCUGACACGCUUGCCUACAGCUCGUCCCCUGUGGUGCGGGGAGGAUUCAACUGGGGGCUACACUUCAAAUGGGAUCUUGUUCCCCUUUCUGAACUCGGAGGACCAGAAGGAGCUACUGCACCAAUCAAGUCACCUACAAUGGCUGGAGGAUUGUUUGCUAUGAACAGACACUAUUUCAGUGAACUUGGGCAGUAUGACAGUGGCAUGGAUAUCUGGGGAGGAGAAAAUUUAGAAAUAUCAUUUCGGAUUUGGAUGUGUGGAGGUAAACUCUUCAUCAUCCCUUGCUCUAGAGUUGGACAUAUUUUCCGAAAAAGGCGACCAUAUGGUUCUCCUGAAGGCCAAGACACCAUGACACACAACUCCUUGAGGCUGGCAUAUGUCUGGCUGGAUGAAUACAAGGAGCAGUAUUUUUCCUUAAGACCUGAUCUGAGGACCAAAAGCUAUGGAAAUAUCAGUGAGCGUGUUGAAUUGAGGAAAAAGUUGGGUUGUAAAUCAUUUAAAUGGUAUUUGGAUAAUAUUUACCCAGAGAUGCAGAUUUCUGGGCCCAAUGCCAAACCCCAGCAGCCUAUUUUUAUCAAUAGAGGGCCAAAACGUCCCAAAGUCCUUCAACGUGGAAGGCUCUAUCACCUCCAGACCAACAAGUGUCUGGUGGCCCAGAGCCGCCCAAGUCAGAAGGGAGGCCUAGUAGUGCUUAAGGCGUGUGACUAUGGUGACCCAAAUCAGAUCUGGAUUUAUAAUGAAGAGCAUGAAUUGGUUUUAAAUAAUCUCCUUUGCCUGGAUAUGUCAGAAACUCGCUCAUCAGACCCACCACGUCUCAUGAAGUGCCAUGGGUCCGGAGGAUCCCAGCAGUGGACCUUUGGGAAGAAUAAUCGGCUAUACCAGGUGUCAGUUGGACAGUGCCUGAGAGCGGUUGAUCCACUGAGUCACAAAGGCUAUGUUGCUAUGGCAAUCUGUGAUGGCUCUUCCUCACAACAAUGGCAUUUGGAAGGUUAAAGUGGACACCAUGGCUGGAAUGGUGACUCAUCAUGCUUGUCCUCCUGUGGAGAUGCCUGGGAAGAUUAGCAGAGGUGAGAUAUCAGACAGCUCAAGAUUGGAGCACCGAGUAACCAUUAGGAGGUGAAGAAGUAUGUUUCACCAAGGGAUUAAGGUCAUUUCUGAGCUGCUGUUAAGGAAUUUCUUGCUUAUGGUAGGAAACCAGAAUUCAAUUUUAACUCUUUAUAUAGAGUCAGCUUUGUACAGAAGGAUGAAACCCAGGAAAUUGAAAUGUCUAAUAAUGUCAAAUUUAUUUAUGCAUCUUUUUAAUCUCCUUUAAUAAUGGAAUGGCAUUUAUCUGAUCAGGAACUUGUCAUGAUUUCCUUUCUUAGAAGACUAUGUAGGAGACAGUUAAUUUUUUUUUACUUCUAUUAUCAUGUUCUAAAUAGAUAAUUUUAAACAAACUGGUUGAAUCCACGUUACUUUUAACUUCAGAAGGCAUCAUUUAUAAGAUUAUAUUUAAGAGGCAGUUAACUAUUAUAAAUUAUUUUGAUGAAUUAUGGUACUAUCUACAUUUAAAAUAAAAGAUCCUUUUGAUUGUUUACCUAG